GAAAUCAAUAGCGCGGUCAUAAUAUACAUCCUAUAAUAAUGUGGUCAAAAUCAAUUAUAAUAGUGUCGAUUUUAUGGAUUAUCGCUGAUGGUGCUCGCAUUCUCGUAAUACUUCCAGAGCCAUCUUACAGUCAUCAGGUAGCCUUCAGACCGAUAACCAUGGAACUAGCGCGAAGAGGUCACGAGUUGGUCAUUUUUACGCCGACCCCCAUAAACGAUCCCACUCUUCAAAAUUACAUCGAGGUGAAGUUGGAUUAUUGCUCUUACAAAAUAGACAAGUCACUUGACGUCUUAGGAUUAGCCAAAUUAGGGGCAUGGCCUAUUCUGGAUGACUUCUAUCGACGUAACGAAGAAAUGACUGAUGGUGUGCUAUCCAAUCCCGCCAUGCAGCAGCUGAUAUCGCCCAACAGCACCGCGAAGUUUGACUUGAUCAUCGUCGAAUACCUAUUUUACGACGCGUUGUACGCGCUAGCGUAUCGCUUCAACGCACCGUUAAUCGGAAUCACGUCGAUUCCGAUUAUGGCUCAUCAUUAUCACGCAUUCGGUAAUCCCAUAUUGUGGUCUUAUGUGCCGGAUUUAUUGGCGAACACUUUGGAUGAAAAUAUGAAUUUGUUAGAUCGUUUCGUCAACGCGUAUUAUUACAUUCGUCAGAUAUACUGGUAUCAAUAUUAUAUUAUCCCGCUGCAGGAGAAGAUGGUGAGAAAACAUUUUGGAGACAACAUGCCGCCCGCUCAUGAGCUUGUCUCGAAAAUGGACUUGCUUCUGGCAAAUUUUCAUCCCUUCCUUUAUCCACACGCACAUGUUCCCGCAAUCAUUCCCAUAAGAGGAUCUCGUCCAAUUAAUCGAAACAACCACACUCUACCAGAGGAUUUGCAGAAAAUAUUGGACAACCCAAAGGGAGGAUGUGUAAUAUAUUUUAGUUUAGGCUCAAACAUAAAAGGUACAUUUAUAUCUGCCGAAAGACUUGAAAUGUUUAUGAAAACCUUUGAAAAUAUAAACUGCACAAUAUUAUUCAAGUUUGAGUCCAAUCUCGCGAAUCAACCGAGCAACGUCAUCAUAAGAGAAUGGUAUCCGCAGCAUGAGAUUCUAGCACAUCCAAACGUACGGCUCUUCAUCUAUCAAGGAGGCUUACAAAGUACCGAGGAAGCGAUAGAAAAUGGAGUACCCGUGAUUGGCUUCCCCGUUUUAGCCGAUCAACAUUAUAACGUAAAGCAACUUGAGAAUUAUGGAACGGGAAAAAGACUCAUCAUCACCGAUGUGACCAAAAACGAGCUCGAAGAGAACAUAAAUGAGAUUCUGACAAAUUGCAGUUAUAAAAAUAACAUGCUGAAGCUGCGCGCCCUGCUACGUGAUCUGCCAUAUAAGCCAUUGAAUAAUAUCAUUUGGUGGAUCGAGCAUAUGAUACGUCACAAUGGAGCACCACACCUUCGGAACAAGUCGCGAGAUAUGCCUUGGUAUAAGACUCAACUAUUGGACAUGCUUGCGAUUGUAUUCGUAUCAGUUGUUCUCAUUAUGUAUAUCGUCAUAGUGAUUACACGUUGCAUAUUUCGAAUAGUCAUGCUCACGUGGAAAAAAGCAAUGUCCAGAACAAAAUACAAUAAUGAUGAUAAAAAACAACAAUAAUGAUAACACACGUCGAAAACGAGAACUUUAAUGUGAGUUAUAAUAAAAAGUGUCUGUAUUUUUCCAAGAAAAAAAUGAACUUAUGUAAUUAUAUAAAAUCAUACAUAAUUAAAAUCAAAAUUUUUGCCGAGAUAUACAUGAUCUAGUCAUAUAUAAUUAAAUCUGAAAUUUAGCGAUAUAAUCUUAUCUUUAUAUAAUCAUAUUCGGCUGGAUAUGAUUAUAUAUAAAACUGAUCAAGCCGAAUAUAAUUACGUAAAGAUAAAAUAAUAUUACGCCAAAUUUUGGAUAUUAUUAUAUUUGAUCGAUAUUAUUAUAUUCGAUAAAAUGACAUAUGUCACCAUAUCUUUUCAUAACUAAUUAUGUAUAUUUGACCAUUUUUUCUCGAGUUGUGCUGUUGUUUUUUCAUCCGAGAUUAUAUCUUGCAUCUCGCGCGACAAAAUAAAUGGAUAGUAAAUGGAUAAUAAAAUAAAAAAACUUUUAAUAACGAUCGAACAAUGAAUUAAUAAAUCAAUAUAUUUAAAUUGCAAUUGUGCAGAAACAUUCGCACAACACGCGCACUACCUUUACUUUUUUUAUGUUGUCGACUAUAUCGGAAUGAAAUUUCUUGUUUCUUUUUUUUUUUUUGUAUUGUGGUAAAACCGCCGAUGUUUCAUUCUCAAUUUGACACAAAUAAAAUAAUGGCUAGAAAAAUACUUUAUCUCCUCUUACAAUAAAGCAAUGUUCUAACAAGUUACGUAUGUAACCAGACUAUAAUUCUUUCGAAGUCCUGAAUUAAAAGCGAUUCAAUAAUUUCAUAAAAUUAUUAAUAACAAUGUCACGCAUGCAAACAUCAAUGUAACCAUCAAUAAAAAUUAUCAAUAAAACCA